GUUGACAAUACAAAACAAGAUAACUGAUAGAUAGGUACUUGUGUUCAUUUAUAAAUAGCAUGCCGGCUCUAUCAUGGUCAGUGUUCGAGUGAGACGUACAGACGUGUGUUGUGUCUUUUAAAUUCUAAUAUUCAUAGGAAAAUCUCCAUAAACAUGGUUGUAAAACUGUAUACUUUGGACAUGAGUCCGCCAGUACGCGCGUGCAUGAUGGCUUGUGAGAUCUUCAACGUGCCAUUCGAGAAGAUACCAGUAAACCUCAUGGCUGGUGAACAUCUCACUCCAGAAUAUUUAAAGAAAAAUCCUCUCCACACAGUCCCUGUUAUGGAAGAUGGUGAUGUCACAUUACAUGACAGCCACGCAAUCAUGGCCUACCUAGCUGACACCUACGGAAAGGAUGAGUCUUGGUAUCCAAAAGACGUCAAAAAACGGGCGCUAGUUAACCAAAAACUGUUCUUCGACACAGCUAUAAUUUUCCCUAGAUUACGCAAUAUCACAUAUAACAUUGUGAUGAAAGGAAAGACGACCAUCGAACCAGAAUUAAUGGAGGCCAUUGCAGAAGCCUACGGGUUCAUGGAAGCAUUCCUGUCCCGGACUAAAUAUAUCGCUGCGGAUAAUGUUACCAUCGCUGACAUAGGAAUAUUGGCUGUUAUGACGUCUCUCGAACACAUUCUUCCUGUGGAACCUAAAAAAUACCCAAAAACAUCUACGUGGUUACAAAACAUGAAAGCGACGCCAUACUGCAAGAAAUGGAACGAAGAAGGUGCUAAUGCUUUGGGCGCGUAUGUUAAGAGUAAAGUUGCUUUGAUGGUUGUGAAACUAUACACCUACGAGAUGAGCCCGUCAGUGCGUGCGUGCAUGAUGGCUUGUGAGAUCUUCAAUGUACCAUUCGAGAAGGUACCUAUCGACCUCCAGGCUGGUGAACAUCUUACUCCAGAAUUUUUAAAGAAAAAUCCCCUCCAUCAAGUCCCUGUAAUGGAAGAUGGAGAUUUGACAAUACAUGACAGCCACGCAAUAUUGCCUUACCUAGCCGACACCUUUGGGAAAGAUGACUCUUGGUAUCCAAAAGACGUUAAAAAACGGGCUUUAGUUAACCAAAAACUAAUCUUCAAUGCUGUUAUUGUUUUUGCUAGAGCACGUAACAUCACAUACCACAUCGUAUUGAGAGGAAAGACGACCAUAGAACAAGAAUUAAUAGACGAUGUUACAGAAGCCUACGGAUUCAUAGAAACAUUCCUGUCCAGUACAAAAUACAUUGCUGGAGACCACAUCACGAUCGCUGACAUAGCAAUUUUGGCUGUUAUGACUUCAAUCACUCAAAUUGUAAAAUUGGAUGCUCAAAAAUUCCCCAAAACAUCAGCCUGGUUAGAAAACUUGAAGAAACAGCCCUAUUAUAAGAAAUAUGACGAAGCAGGUGCAAAUGAACUGGCUGCGUAUGUUAACAGCAAAGUUGCAUAAACUGCAUUCCUUAUUGUUCUAUUAAAUCAGAGUAAUGUUAAGUUAAAUUGAUGAGAUGUUAUAAUAAUAUGUGUGCAUAAGGAAUAAAUAAUUUCACAAUUUA